AUGCCCUCAUGGGAAGAAUACCAACUAGGGUUUAAGUGGCAGUGGUUGGCGGCGGUGACUGCCACCACCUUGGCGGUGGUGGUGGUGGUGAAGAUUUCAUUUAAAGCGGCCACCGGUGAACCUCCAAGGACAGCGGCGUUCGUAUUUCAAUGUUCAAUCAUGACAUCUAAAAAUUCGACUUCACAAUCGGUGGGAUCAACUCCCAUGGGUACUCAUAAACGGAACUCAGAUGAUAUUGGUUGGGAAUAUGGUUUUUACCCGGAUGAAAACAAGAUGGAUACAAUGAAAUAUCUUGCAAUUAAAGGUUGUAUGGUGAACAAUGCUGACUUUGAUUCGGAUGGUGAAGACUUUUUGGCAGCUCAACUCCUCGUUUGA